AUGUUAGACAUAGUGCAAGCCGCAUCGAAAGAGCGUUCGGCUCCCGGAGAAAAGCCUCCGGAAGUGGUCGCAAUAGAGGAUGUCUCGCCCAAGUCGUCUGACGUCCUGCAACCAAAAGCCAAUGCUCUCGGGUACGAUACUGGCGAAGACAUGACGUUUCCCAAAGAAGGGAUCCGGGCGUGGCUCGUGGUGUUGGGUUCCUGGUGUGGCAUGAUUGCAACCUUUGGCAUUGCCAACACCACAGGUGUGCUCCAGGAGUACCUAGUCAAGCACACCCUCUCUCAGUAUUCCGAGUCCGACGUAUCGUGGAUCUUUUCCAUUUGGCUAUUCAUCAUGUUUGUUGGCAGCAUUCAGGUCGGGCCGCUGUUUGAUACAUUUGGUGCUCGGGCCUUGUUGAUCCCCGGUGGGGUUUGCCAGGUCCUAUCGGUGUUUUUUCUGGCUUGGUCCAAGGAAUACUACCAAUUUAUUCUGGGAUUCAGUGUCUUGGGCGGCCUUGGCUCCACAAUGAUCUUCAAUCCCUGUAUCACAGUGAUUGCCCAUUGGUUCUGGAAACGUCGCGCUUUUGCUACUGGCAUUGCGGCGUCGGGCGGUGCGAUCGGAGGCAUCAUGUUUUCGCUCAGCCUCAGUAAACUGCUGGAAACAACUAGCUACGCAUGGAGUAUUCGCGUCAUGGGAUUUGUUGUCCUAUUUUUGUGUGCAGUCUGUGCUACGUUGGUUGAUUCAAGAGGCCAGAAAAAAAAGGCUUUUACCAACGCUGUUAUUGACUUUAAGGCAUUGAAGGAUUGGGAGUUCCUCACCCUCACGUUCGCCGUAUUCCUGGUAGAAUGGGGCGUGUUUAUACCUAUCAACUAUAUCGCGUCGUACUGCGUUUCUCGCGGACUGACCACGACAUAUUCCAACCAGGUGCUGGCCUACCUGAACGUUGGUUCGGUCUUUGGACGAGCUUGUCCUGGAUAUUUUGCCGAUAAAUGGGGGGCAUUCAAUGUGAUGAUCACCACAUCCUUCAUCUGCGGCGUUUUGUGCCUGGCUGUCUGGCUUCCUGCUGGAUCAACCAAGGCUGGAGUCACAGCUUUUGCAGUACUCUUUGGAUUCUGGUCAGGAUCCACCAUUUCCCUCACACCUGUGUGUGUGGCACGGUUAUCUCCUACCAAGGACUACGGUAGGAGGUACGGUACAUGUUACUUUUUCUCCAGUUUUGCUGCCCUAACCGGGUUGCCUAUUGCCGGCUCUUUAACAGACCACCAUUUCUUGGGACUCAUUCUGUUUGCCGGUUUAAUUUAUUUGCUCGGGUCUCUUUUCUUUUUGAUAUCCCGUUUGUUUGCCGUUGGUAAACAGCCAAUUUUCUAG